AUGACCCAAUAUUGGCCAGCAGAUAUUAAGGACAGCGACAGGGAUUAUGAGCAGGACUCAAAGACGGUGCCAUGCUGGCAUUUGGCAGCACUGACGUGGCUAGUGACGGAGCCACGCAGAGAGAGCUCCGAUAGCACGCUAAUCUCUGUUUGCAGAGGAAAUUGGAGCUAUGCUAACGUCUCUCCUCUCUCGUUUUCUUUGGCAGGGACCAGCGGUGCUCAGGCGGCCGAGUUCGGACACUUGCCCGACAACAUUACCGUGCUGGAAGGAGAAAGCGUCGUUUUGAGAUGCAAGAUAGACGAGGAGGUCACUCACAAGGCAUGGUUGAACCGCUCCAACAUCUUAUUUACGGGCACAGAUAAGUGGUCCCUGGACUCGCGUGUGUCUCUGGUGAACAACAACAACAGCGACUUCUCCAUUAAGAUUGAGCGAGUGAUGGUGGCAGACGAGGGACCCUACACAUGCAGCUUCCAGGCCAGAAACCAGCCCCGUACGGCCCACGUCUACCUCAUCGUCCAGGUGCCAGCCCGGAUAGUGAACAUCUCCCAGGAUAAAUCUGUGAAUGAAGGCGAUGACGUGAAUCUGUUUUGCCUGGCGGUGGGCAGACCAGAGCCGACCAUCACCUGGAAGAACUUCAAGUACGGUCUCAUGAAUGAAGGCGAGUUUCUGGAAAUCACAGGAAUCAAGCGGCAUCAGGCGGAGGAAUUUGAAUGCAUCACAAACAACGGCGUAGCGCCACCAGACACGCGCCGCGUCAAGGUCAUAGUCAACUAUCCACCAGUGAUCACAGAUGUAAAGAACAUGCCUGCCCAGCUGGGAAGAACUGCAAUCUUACGCUGUGAAGCUAUGGCGGUGCCCACAGCAUCCUUCGAAUGGUACCGGGAUGACCGAAGGCCGGUAGAGAGUGAUAACACACUGAAGAUUAAAAACGAAAAAACACGUUCCCUGCUGCUCUUCACCAACGUCACAGAAAAACACUUUGGCAACUACACCUGUUUCGCCUCCAAUCGCCUCGGGGCUUCCAAUGCCAGCAUGUUACUCUUCAGGCCCGGGGCCGUGUAUGGAGGAGCGGCGUCUCUGAACGGCCGUUUAUCAGGAGUUGGUCUGUGGUUCUGCCUCUCCAUCUCUGUUCUGAUGAAGGUCUAAAACUUUCCCACUUUGAAAGGAGUCUUUAAAUACGAACCUAUCACUGUGAACAAAAUUAAAUUAUGCAUUAAUCCAGGAGCCAUUGCUACAUCACUUCCUAGUCAUUCCUUCCUAUUCCCAUUCACGCCCCGGUCGCAUAUCACCGCUUCACUUCUCCCUCCCGUCGCCAACGAUGCUCACCUUUUUUCGUCCAAACCUAAUAUGUGAUGCAUAUGAUGUGAACGACGAGUGUAAUGCCAGUUGGUUGUCUCUUGAGGUGCGUGCUGGACAUGCUGGUUGUAAAGUGACGUGUCGAUGAUGACGCAUGCGCUGUUCGGGUGACCCUCUUGAAGCUGUUUGUGGCAGUUCAUCAGCAGGCCCAUCGCCUGUUGAUCCUCGGAUCCUGACACAGAGUUCUGAGCUGAACAGUGGUGCAUUCUGACAUGCAUAGCUACUAUGAAUGAUGUCAAACCUGCACAUGUUUUCUUUCUAGCAAGGACGGCCAUGUCAUUUCGGCCCCUUGAUUGCAUUUGAUUGGGCUCUCGAUCUCAAAGCAAACUCCUGACCCACGUCCAGCCCUCAUAUUGACCUUAGUCUGUCCAUCACUCAGAUCGUCAGUCCUUCACAAGUGUAAAUAUAUAUGCAGUAGAGGCCCCUCAUUCCAGCUUAAAAAAAAUACAUUUCCCAUAAGCCUCUCUGUUUCAGUCUUUCGGCUCGGAGGAUAUUGCUGCCUUUAAGUCAUGAGGGAAUGAUCAUAUUUACGGGAUUUACAACUGAAAUGUCAUUAUUAGCCAAGAAUCAUUGGUUUUUAUUAUAAGACGUUUAGUUUGUACACAUUUAGUGUUGUUCUCUUGUGUUUGAUGGGAUGUUAAAGAGAAAUGCUUUAAAGUAAUUUCCAAACUCAUUGCAAAAUAAAAAAUUGGAAAUUAGUGUUGGAAAUGUAAUAUAUUUGGACACUUUUUGGUUGUCAAAUGUUAGCUAAUAAAAUAAAGCUGUAGAUGUCAUUCAUCUGCUAAAAUGCAUUUAAACAUGCAAACAUUUAGAAAACUUUUGGAAAUUAUUUGAAUGCAUCAUGGAAACUCAUAACAGUGCAGCUUUUUAGAAUAAUUUGACUACAUCAUUGCAACUCAAGAUUGCAACUUUUCAGAGUUAUCUAAAUGCAUAAUUGCAACUCAUAAGCGUGCAGCUUUUCAGAAUUAUUUAAAUGUGUCAUUACACCUCAUAAGAGUCCAGGUUUUCAGAUUUCUUUAAACGCAUCAUUGCAACUCAAGAGUGCAACUUUUCAGAAUUAUUAAAAUGCAUCAUUGCAACUCAUAAUAGAGCAACUUUUAAGAAUUGUUUGAAGGCAGCAUUGCAACUCGUAAGUAGGAACUUUCCACAAAGACUUGAAGGCAGCAGAAGUUUCUGGCAUCUCCUGGCCCGAAAUAGUUCAUUGACUUCUUGUUGCUUGUGGAUAGCAUGUACCGGUUAUAAAUGUCCCUCUUGUGACCUCACUUUCCUGCACCAACCCCGUUUUAACCCCCUGCACUGUGUACAUUUUAAUCUGCAAGGUUAUCUGCUAUUACUUUUUUGGUGUUAAUAAUGAUUAUAAUGAUGAUGAUGAUGAUGAUGAUUAUGAUGAUGACAAUGUUAAUAUGUAUUUGAAUAAAUAUGAUAGUAAUUCCAUGUGAGAAAAAAAAUGUCACAGCUGAUCACAAGCCAUGUGUGUGAAAAUAUUUUGUACUAAAGAUCACUGAAUUCAUCAAACGGCAAAAAAAAAAAAAAAAAAAAAAAACUUUUU